GACUCUCAAACGUAGGUAAGAUACAAACUGCGUUUGGAUUAGAAGCCAAAGCUCUCAUAAAAAUAUUCAACUGAUAGAUUUUGCUCACCGCAUUUGCACAUUAGAAAACAUAAAACUAUUCAUAAGCGGCUCAAACAGAUAUUAUUAUCAAUCAAUAAAAAUCAAUAAAAACUUAGAAAGAAAAAACAAUGUACAUAGCUUUUCUGGACGAUUUUUUAUCUACAAACUUUUGAAUAUACCUCAAAAUGAGUAAUAAUAAAACUAAAGAUGGAAUUCUGAAAAUAACGUUAACCUCAGCUCUCGAGUCAUAAAAAUCUAGUUGAUUACAACUGCUGCAAUUACAAAUAUGGAAGUUUCCUCUGGAAGGUGUCCAGAAAAAGGAGAAAAAAUUGAAACUGUAGCCAGCGAACAAGAUUGUCGUGACGAUACAACAGGUGAGUUUGCAGCCGAGGACUCCAAUCGGACCAAUAUAGUGUUCUACUGGUUCCAUCAAGACGACAACUCAGAACAAGAUGUAGACGUCCGCAUUUUCAUCCCCGAAAAUGACUCGUACAUCGGCCUCAACUUCGACCCAGUGGGUGAAGUGUAUGAGUCAUUGCCCUUCCCAGUCCCAACUGGCAUUCACAUUGGCCAACUGCAGAUACUGAACAAAACAACACAAACAAAAACAGCAGCAACAACGACAACAACAAUAAGAACAGCGAAUAAAAAACAGGAAGUAGAAGAGGAACUAGACUAUCAGCAGUAUACUCUGACGCAACACCAGCUGGCACCUUUUGAGGUAACGAGGGAAAGGACCAGGAUCAUUGUCAAGUCAGACCCGAAUAUGAAACCGAUAGAAUUGCCAGUUCCAAGGUCAAGUGCAGUGACUUUGUCGCCUGGAAAGACUGAGGUCAAGUGGAACCGAACAGCCGAAUCUCUCUUUGAGCCGACUUUCCUAGCUUCUCUUACAACAAACGACACUAAUCACGACGAUUACGACUCGGGUUUCAGCAAUGAGAGACGAAGAACUUCGGAUUCCAGAACCGACACGCGAGACCCUCACGAAAGCACGCUUGGAUCUAUCGACGAAAUUUUGAAAAAGUUUUCAAACAUAUCGGCAUUGUCGAUGAACGGAUUCAACGAACACGAAAGCGAGCCGACUGAAAGUUACGCUCGGCUGCCUGAUAUUACCAUAAAUGGAAAUUCCGAGCAAAAACUGGAUAUAAAACUGAAUAGCUACAGAAGCAACAGCAAAAGUGACGAAAUCGCCUUACCUACCGGAACUGCUGCCAACAAGCAGCUAUCCCUCUUGGAAGAAAAAAUCUCUUCUCUUGAAAAAGCCAAAAACUCCCAAUCAAAUGAGAUCAUAAUCCUCAAGACGAAACUUCUCGAAGCCGAAAGAAUUCUGAAAGAACAAAGAGAGUUGAACCACCAAAAAACCGAGCGAGAAAAUAGGUACCAGUCGUUACACGAUGAGAACACUCGGCUAACUGAGGAACUUCGCAAUUUGAAGUCAGAGUGUGAGAACACUUUAAGUCAUAGCACAGCUCAAAAGUUGGCAACUGUGGAAAACUCAUCAAUGGCCAUAAUAAAAAGAAUGGAGUAUCUUGAAAACGAGGUCAAACUAACUCGUAAGAGGUACGAAAACACCAAAGACGAACUACAAGAAAAAUCCAGGCUGUUCGAAAAAUUGAUAGAGGAAAACGAAAGACUACGAAUGAAACUUGGCGAACCUGAAAAACCCUCUUUCUUACUUGAAAAAAUAUACUCGAAAAACAGCAAAAAUGUUGAUUUUGCUGAGGAUGCAUUGCUGGCCAGUCAUAAUUCUAGCCAACCAGAGUCAACGACCAUUAGAUCCCGCCAAUCACAGCUGGCACCGGCAAAAAUUGGCCAAUCACAAGAGAGAAACCGUGAAAUACAAACGCCACUUACAGAUCAAGAUUCCUUUACGUCCAACAAUUUGAAGUUUCUACGAGAACGACUCGUGGAACUGCGACAGAAGAAUGAAAAAUUGCAGGAAAAAUAUCAUCAAGUGCAGUCAAGUUUACCCGAGGACGCGGGUGAAAUGCAAAACAACAUAUCCAAUCUCGAAACUGAGCAUGAGCAUUUGGUCUCGGUUUUUGACGAGGCAGAUCGUGAAAUAGAGAGCAUGAUUAACAACAUAGCUCACUGUAGUGCAGAUUUUACGCUUCAAGAAAAGUUCACGCCCACAAGAAGAGCUCGAGGAUCAGAAGACAGCGAAAGAGACUUAACCUUGAGAGAAUUGGAGGAACUGCGAGACCAUCUGGCGUCCGUCAAAGCCCAAGUGAAGGGUCGCGAGGAGUCUAACGGGAUGUCUGAGAAGAGCCGAAGUGGUGUCAUAGGAAGACUGAAAAAGCCUUCAGAGCUGUUCGCCUCACUCCAAGCACAACCGGAAACGAUGAGCGUUCAAGCAAACAAAUACUAUGAAAGUCAAAAUGGGCACGCAGAAAAUCGCCGAGAGCAGAGAUCCAAAGCGACAGACGACAGGCUGCCGAAAAUGAACGAAAAACUCUUCGUGGAUACAAACCACAAAAUCGAAAGCGGCGACGGUGAUGCAACAGACAAUCUUCUUACUGCGACUUCGGCUAUUGUGAUUAGAGAUGACUUUGGGGUUGCCUACGGUAACGUAAACUCCGCGAAAGCCACUAAAGUUAAGCAGUGUAAACUGAGACGCACCCGAAGUACACGGCCCAGGAACAUUCCUCAGAGAAGGGAGCGUACUUCUUCAUACAGUGGAUCCAGCACUAGUUCAGAAGACUCUGGAAAACGAAGCAGCAAUCGGAAAUUCACCAAUGGCUUCGACGCCGACCAAGAGGAAUCUUCAAAAAGUCCGCAUGUGAACAAACCGACUCAGCUACUGGCAGCAUAUGACCAAGAAAAGAAAGCGAGAAGAGAUAAUCGGGAUGUGAUUACCGAGGAACCGAAUCUGUUCGGAUUCAGAGCUGAGAGUAACCCGAAUGAUUCAAAUGACAUGCGUUUAUCAAUCGACGUCCUGUCUAGCUACCGCAAUGACGAUGCAGACAGAUCGAUCAGUCAUAUUUGGAAUCUCCCCUUGAAUCAGAAGCCUCUUUCAAGCAAUGGAUCACGUACAGGAGGGUCUACCCGACAGACCAGAAGCUUCUGCAGGCCGCCUGAAAGUGGGAGGCCUUAUGUUCCCAAGACACCCUCCGACAUGAGUGUCGGGGACAAGAUCAAGUUCUCGAGGACAGGCGGCAAAAUCAGCCAGGGAAUCGUCAAAUACAUUGGCACUCUUCCGUCCAGAAGCGACUAUUACCUUGGGGUGGAAUUAAUAGAUGCAGAAGGAAAACACGAUGGAACAUUUCAAGACCAUCGCUAUUUUACAUGUGUGAAGAACAAGGGGGUGUUCGUCAGCUUCAAGAAGAUCGUCAUGUGUUACACUCAAUAGCCAGCAAAAAUUUCUACUUUAACUGCUAAAGAGAUGUAAACUCACCGAACAUGACUUUGAUUAUUUACUAUUUUAUCUAUUUGCUAUUUUUAAAUAAAAAUUUGUUAUCUAUUAA